CCAUUAGAUCAAAUUCCUAACACGUCAACGGCCCCGCUAUCAAACUUUUACAAUCAAGGAUACGUUCAGAAUACUCAACAAUCGUGUCCCCGUCCACAAGCACCUCCCCUCAGUUAUCCUAACAUACCCAAUCAACAAUUUCAAAGUUAUCCUCAUCAGCAAGUUUACGGCAGUAAUCAGAAUUAUGUGGACAAUGGUUACAAUUAUCAAGGAUAUGGUGGCGUAAGCAAUCAGGGUCAAUACAGUGGUCCACCUAUAGCGUCAAAUCAAUAUCCAAAUCAACAAAACUAUGGCGGAUCACCCUAUGGUGGACUUCCUGCGGGUCAUUCUUCUAAUUACCCUCAGCAGCAAUCGCAACAACAAUACGGAAAUUACGUGCAACAACAACGUUUCUAUUAA